UCUUUGACUCAGUGUGUGUCGGUGGCAUGAUGAAGGUGUUGCACGUACUGCUGCUUGCUGCAACUUUCAGCAUCCUCACUUUUAAUGCCACAAAUGGAGAGGAAAUCAUUAAUGGCAAGAAAGCAGAGAAGAAAUCAAUGCAGUACAUGGUAUCCGUGCAGAGGAACAACAAGCACUCAUGUGGAGGAUUCCUGAUAAACCCCAGAUACGUGCUCACCGCUGCCCACUGUGAGAAAAAUGACCUUAGUGUGGUUCUCGGGACUCACAACAUCGAUCCGGAAAGGAAUGAUCUGAGAAGAUAUGCUGUGGAAAGCAAGUACAAACACCCAUCAUACAAGAGUGUCCAGUCUGGGUUUGACAUCAUGCUCCUGAAGCUUUCAGAGAAAGUCAAGCUGAAAAAAUAUGUUAAGAUCAUCAAAAUCUCAAGCAAGGGCAAACCAGUAAAGCCCAAUACCAAGUGCCAGGUUGCAGGAUGGGGAAAAACUGAAACCCAGAAAAUGGUGAAUGACCUCCUGGUGGCUGAUGUGUCAACUAUAAAUAUCACAGACUGUAAGAAGCAGUGGGAUGAAGUGAAAGUGCCUCUCCCAGCUAGUGUCCUGUGUGCAGGAGGCUACAGAACCAAAAGUGGAGCGUGCAAGGGUGAUUCUGGUGGGCCUCUGGUGUGCAGUGGUCUUGCAGUGGGCAUAGUGUCCUUCAAUUAUGAAAACAACUGUAACUAUCCAAACAUGCCUAAUGUGUACACAGAGAUUUCAGCAUAUGCAGACUGGAUUAAGAAAGUGAUCAAGAGAGAUCCCUGAAGUGUAUUUUUUUAUGUGUUUAAGAUCAUGUGAUUGCAUAAAAUUUGUAAUCCUUUAAUUAUAGUCACAACUAAUGUCUGAUGCUUCUUCUGUGUUAAUGUUGUCUGAAAAAGCUCAAAUUCUAAGCUAACAGCCUGAUGAAACAGACAUUUGACACCCAGACUGUUCAGCAGAAACCACAAAAAAGUUACACCACAUCCUUUAAACAGCUUUCAGGAGUAGGGUGAAAUUAGUUAUUUAAUAUAAACUUUCACUUUUGUAUAUAAACAGAACAACUGGUAUGACAUGUUAUCUUGUACCACUAUCGGCUUAAACAACCACAUUCUGCUUUCUUGAAGAGAAAUAAAUGUAAAUGUGUGAAAUUU